UUAGGGUUUCCUUGUGAUGGAGGUCGAGGAUGCGGCCACUCCGCGCAGGUCGUCCACCAGGAUCCGGAAGCUUGGCGCCAGGCUCGAGGAGGCUCUGCUCGACCCAAACGCCAGGCAACAGGCCAUCCAAGCUCGCCUGGACGCGCUCGAGAAUGACAACGUUGCAAUGGACGCUGUCGCGGCUGCUGCCUCCGAGGCUCAGCACGACGAUGACUUCAUGGGCGACGACGAUGCAGUGUUCGUCCACAAGCGACCACCCAAAGGAAGCAAGCGCAAGACGAGGCAAUCCUUGGCGUUGGAGAGGAGUGCCAGCAAGGGGCCCAAGUCGUUCCUCGACCUCCUUGAAGAGGCCAACCUGGGGGAAUCGUUGCCGCCUCAUGUCCCGUCGUACGUGAGGGCCGGCGUUGGGCCGCCAAGCCGGGCGUCGAGGCGUCACUUUUGCGCGGUGUGUGGCUACAGUGCAAACUACACAUGCCCACGCUGCGCUGCUCGCUUCUGCUCCUGCCACUGCCAAACCGUCCACAAUGACACCAGGUGCCAAAAGUUCGUUACCUGACUCGCUCUAGCGCCGCUGCCCCCGCCGUCACCUCAAACCAACAGCUGCAUGGAGCAUAUAAUCAGCCUCUGCGUGUGUUAUAUGGAACUACCUCGUUGGUCUUGUUGCACCGCGCCCGCACCGUUGCAAUCAACUCUGGGGUACUCAGUUCUCUCUGCCCACAAAGUGCCAACAUAACCAAUAUCUGUAAGAGAGAACGAACUUACACGACGGUGAUGCUCAUGAUCAAGCCGGCGAGGACCGCCCUCAAAGCUCUUCUUUUCUGUGCCACGGAGCCGCUCCUGCAACAUGAAGAGUGACAAGUGACGCCACCACUCAACUGACUUUACAUUCGAACAGAGCACGUCCUCGAGAAGACCGAUGCGUCUCUCCGCGCCACUGAGCUGGGCCUGAUAAGAUUGCAACAUAAAUACUGCCAGCGGAGCGGAUUAGCACGACUUGCCUCCAUCUUCUUUCUUGCUUUCUUAAGAGCACGCUCAAAGCUACCAAACCGUGGCUCAAUAGUUGCAUUCAGCUCAUGCUGAAAUUCCAGCCACCCGCUCAAUGCUGUGCUUA